AUGAGCAACUAAAAUAAGACAGUAGAAUAAAAAUAUUAAAAAAAAUCUUAACUAGAACAUAUUCUCCUUCGUCCUGAUUCUUAUGUUGGUUCAGUUGAAUGUGAAUAAAAAACUCUUUGGAUAUUAAGUAAAGAAGGAAACCAUUUUAUAGAAAAAGAGAUAGAUUUCGUGCCUGCCUUUUAUAAAAUAUUCGAUGAAAUAAACGUAAAUGCAGCCGAUAAUUUCCAAAGGCGAGACGAAGGUAAAAUAAUGGACACACUAAAAGUAUUAAUAAACCCUGAAUAAAAUAUGAUUUCAGUUUGGAAUAAUGGACAAGGUAUCCCAGUAGUAAUGCAUAAAGAACAUAAUGUAUAUGUACCAGAAAUGAUUUUCGGGUAACUUUUAACAGGGUCAAAUUAUGAUGAUAAUGAAUAAAAGUUGUAGGCGGUAGGAAUGGUUAUGGGGCUAAAUUAACUAAUAUAUUUUCAACAAAAUUUAUUUUAGAAUGUAAUGAUGAAGAUCAUGGGAAAUACUACAAAUAAGAAUGGAGAAAAAAUAUGUCUGAAAGAACUGAACCAGUAAUAGAAAAAUAUAAAAAAGGGGGAAAUUAUACCUGUGUGA